CCUACUCUUUGAUUGAAAAAAUCAGAAUUAUUUGAGUAAUAAAUUCCUCAUCCUAAAAUAAACGUAGAUUCGCAAGUGUGGAAGCAACAAAAAUCAUUUUUAUAGUAAAUGCCGGCAUAUUAAAACUACUAGCAAAAGUAAUUGUGUAAGUAGUGUGCGCCGGUGAAAUUCGUGAUCAUGGCGAAUCCGUCAUCAGGCGUUGUUGUACCCCGCAACUUUCGCCUCCUUGAAGAGCUUGAACAAGGGCAGAAGGGAGUGGGUGAUGGCACCAUUUCUUGGGGACUGGAAAGCGACGAUGACAUGACUCUAACUCACUGGACUGGCAUGAUAAUCGGACCCCCUAGGACUCCUUAUGAAAAUAGAAUGUACUCACUUAAAAUUGAAUGUGGCACUCGGUACCCUGAUGAACCACCAACUGCUAGAUUUAUUUCUAGAAUCAACAUGAACUGCGUGAACAGCCAGACAGGACUUGUUGACAAUAGACAAGUCCCGAUCCUUGCUAGAUGGCAACGCGACUACACUAUCAAGACAGUUCUUCAAGAGCUUAGACGUCUCAUGACACUGAAGGAAAACAUGAAGCUGUCUCAGCCUCCAGAGGGAAGCACUUUUUAGUUCUCUUCUUGCUAAAACACGUCUUAAUGGACCCAAUCUACUUUGAUGAACUAUUUGCUAGAUUUGAUCCCUAUUUUGAUAGUUUUUAUGAAUAAUUUCUUCUAUAAAUGUGAUUUAUGAGCUUAAUAUCUUGCUGUGCUGUUUUGUAUCUUCAAAAUCAAAUAGAUUUAUUAUAACAAUGCAUUUAUUUUCCUUUAUAUUAAAGUAUUCUAUAAGCAUUUUCUUCUG